AUGAGCUUUUUACAUUCUCCAUUGCAGUCUCAUAAAAAAAAACUCAAACCAAAUUACAACCGAUCAAAUCACUCUUCUACUCCAAUUUCAUCUGCUACUGCCUCUACUUCUACUCCAAUUUUGUCUAUUAUUGUUUCUACUUCUACUUCUACUUCAAUCUUGUCUGCUACUGCCAUUACUUCUUCUAUAUUAUCUGAACAAAAUCAAGAUGAUACUAUAAAUAAAUGGAAAGAAUUGUUAAUCGAUGAAGAACUAGAAGAACAAAAUGAUCUUGAUGAUAAUGAGAUCGAUUUUCUUAAUAUAGAUAUAGAAACACAUCUUGCUGAAAAUCAAACUGCGAAAUGGAAUUUGUCUAAAUU